UCCAUUUGUUUGCAGAGUUCCGUGACAGAGUGGUUGGAUACCCACGGGAAACAACCCUCCCAUGUGACGUGUAUAACACAACUUACACACCAGUCGUGCUGGUCCAAAAGGUAACCGCCCUAGCCGUAAUACCAUCUGCACCGGAAGUACUACCAUUAUGGUGCAAUCCUUUUUUCGUGUUGUUUGUCGUCAUGGCGACCAUGGUCACGUCGGCUGUUUUAGUAGUCAACUGGGACAACGGAGACCAGAAAGAUGACGGCAAAGAAGACGAGAACAAAAUGUCUUCCGAAAUGAGAAUCUGCCUGACAGAGAAACAAGGGAUACAUUCAUCGACCUUCAAGCCCCUGGACAACUGCGCCGAGAAUGAUCUGUGCGGUAAAAACACCCCAGACUUAGACAAAAGAACAGAAGUCAUAGAAAACGAAGUUCAAGAGUUAGUUCCUCUUCGUGCGCGGUGUGAGUCCAAAUCACCUCCUGUCAUGGGCAACAAGUCAAUGGGCAACAAGGCCUUCGCGGAUUUGGCUCCAGUGGGCAUCCAUCAUAACAACCACAAGUCAAGUAGAAUCGUACCUCAAGAGACAGUAUCUGGUUGGUCUAAUGAAGAAGCUCAACCCACGGAAAAGGAGAGACCAUUUAAGCCAAAGUACACCAUGGACUUGCUAGCAGUACUGGCUAGAGUAGUAAGCCGUGUUAACCGCCUGACGUCGUCCAACAGCAGCACCAUUGAUAGAAAUCGACUACUGCCGCUGAAGACCGCUGCACUCGGUUUCCCCGAAUUUGACACUGCGUUGGCGCCUGUUCUGAUGUUCAAUAUCAGAAGAAAAGACCACAAUGAGAUCCUAGGCGCUGCAAACUCAUCAGACACCGUCAAGGCCGCCCCUCAAGACUGCCUCGAUGAGUCAGCUAUACAGAUGUCCAAGUCUGUUUCGGCUGCAGUCUCGACAGCAAACGUGAACACAUCAACACCCCAAGUUCCCACCGAUAACAUCAAGAUUUUAACGAAAUCUGAAAUCGAAAUUUGUCCAAGUGGUUCCAUAAGAUCUGCUUCACCUUUCAUCUCAGCCAACAGCCGCACUGCCACUGUUGCAUCCUUUAAGAACGUGGAGACCGAGUUACAUCAAAAGGAUGCUUCAAGUGACAAUGAUAACGAAAGUGUCACCCGCAGUAAGGGUACCGGUGGUUGCAUGUUGAGGACCGUGAGUCGUCCAUUGUCGGCGCCAAUGCCAAGACGGUCCAUCAGUGACCUUGCACGUGAUCUGCCGACCCCGAGGCAAUCCGUUCGCUCAGUAUCACUCCCAGACCUGACCAAUGUCGAAACUCUGGCUCUGUUUUCUAAUGGAGAACACGCAAAGUCAUUUCAGCUGCUACUUGAUGCACCAAAACCUGUGCCACCGACAAAAACCAAAGCAGUAGAGCCAGACUCGGUACUGUCUUCCAAGUCUUCUGCUUCUGCACCCCCCGGCAGCACCAACAGGACCCAAAACCUUGAUCACCUUGAAUCUGGUUCGUCUAUCCAUGCUCCCACAUGCAAUAAAGACAGAAUCAAGGCAGUGUCUUCUGCUACAGCUCCCAAGACCAGCGAGCGCUUUUGUUCUAAAUCUGGUUCUUCUAUACAUGCUCUCCCAAGAAACAAAGACAGAACAAGUUCCUGUAAAUCAAUCUUUUCGAAGAGUUCUUCCUCUGCUACCCCUCCCCCAGGCAACAAUGCUCGAUCAAAGACCACUGAAUCCAACAAAAAUAGGUCAGUGGCACGCAGAAAUUUAACACAGGGCGAUUCAGCCCCUUCAGCGUACACGCUUAGGGUGAUAAGGGAGAACCUCAGGACCAGCAGCCUGUCAGUAACACGCCCAGAAAAGAGCCCUCAGACGCCUUCACCACCGAAACCAACUAAAGCACAAAAACGAAAAGCACGCAGGGCGAAGCUGGAGAUGUACCUUAGCAUGAGCUUAAACACUCAAGGGGCCCAUAGAGAGGAGUCAUCUAAAACACCAGGUGUUACUAAACGCCUAAUCAAAAUAACUGAAGACGCAUCCCCGACGACUGGAACGAGUGGUGUGCGUCAGAAGGCCACGGUUAUUGAUAGAGCAGCCAAACCGUCGAGCACUCCCAACGAUCCGAAUGAGGUGAAUGGCGUGUGUGCAAGUGAAAGUCCUUCGCUUCUAUCCGCUUAUGACAUCCAAGAAAGUAUUAACAGCCUCUCAAUACAUGCCAAAGAGACACGAACUCAGAAGAGGAGGAGACGUCGAGAAAAGGCUAUGCUAUAUGCCAGCUUGCGCGCUCUGCCGAAUGACACAACGCCGGCGAAUCAAAGCUUAUAAGGCGCAUACGCCAUUUUAUCUUGAAUAAAGGACGCCAAGACAACUAUCUGACAAUCGACCGCUGACCGUGCACCGGAGAUCAUACGAGCUGGCAGGCUCACCCUCAGGAAAAAGACUGAUGUAUACCUAUUGAAAUCACCCUCAGAAAUUAUAUAGAACUCUGAUACCAACCAACCUUAUAUACCUGUUCACUUAUAUACGCCUUUCAACUUCCACUCACGAACUAAUAAAUUCUAUUUCCGUUUAA